AUUCUUACUCACCGGUGGUGUAUUCAUUUGAAUGGUGGGACAGUGGGACGUUAGCUAACCUACCCUACCCUACACACACAGUUUACGCCGGAGGUGUACUAGCUUGUGUCACGCUGUGGAUGUACCUGUCCGUGGAGAGCUCAACACAACUGACAAAAUGAACCGUGUCCCUUAUUAUGGCAGCUGCUAAGCAUGUCUGGAAACGGGGAGUCUUUAGACUGCACAGGAAUAAAUCCAAUGGCUUUCUGUGAUCCUGCUGGCAUCUGUCUGCUGAAAAGAACAUGAAGCAGGUGGAAAAUAUAAAUAAGGACGAAUUAGAUAAAGAAAGCAGAUUUCAAGUGCAUUACAAAGUACGCAGUCCAGUCACAGCGACGCGAUUGUCAUCUUGCAAGAGGAAAGGUUGUCCACAGGGGGAGGUGGGCUUAAAGCUGCACCGCAGAUCAUCAGAUGUGGGCCGUGCCCGUGACCCCGGCAUGGCCAACAAAGAAAAUGAGCUGACAUGCUCCGAUGAUGUGCGGGGCAUUCGCUACAAUGACAACUGUGGGCUCCCUGUGAACUCUGCAAAGGCCUCCAAGAUGGCAGGGGCCAGCUCCAAGUAUGGGGACUUAACUGAGCUAUCAAAGGACCAUGAAACCAUGACUCAUGUUCUUUUUGGAAGAAAUCUGCGACUCAAAGUUGCCCUUACACUAUGGAAACGAAAUGCCAGUGAAUUAGUGGCCUACCUAGUAUGGAUUCAAGACACAGGCGUGCUGCUCGACUGCUUACCUGUCUUAACAAACAAUCUUCAAACCGAAGCGCCAUGUUUGUCACUUGGCUGCUGUGUUGACCUCAUGCCCCAAAUCAAAGUGAUUCUUGCCAGUAAAUACGAAGAACACAUAGUGGCGGGUUUACACUGGGUUCAGUCCGUCAUCAGGAAAUGGUGGCCAGAACUUUCAAAGAAUGAGAAAAGACUGCAGGGCACUUUUUCAGAAGACAGGAAUGUUGAAGUCAUGAGGCAGCGGCUGAAGGACUUGUGGAAGGAAGGAGCCCGAAUAUGUUUGGUUCCAGGAUCCACAGGAGAGCUGGCAAAGGCCAUUGAGGCUUAUCUGUCGCAGCUGCCCUGACACUCGUCUGUGUCGCCCUCAGAGGAUACAACCACUACUGCCGCAUCAUGGCUGCGUUUCCAACUGAUAAUCACAAACGCCAGAGAAAUGGACUGGUUCACGUUAACUCAAACCUCUUACUGGGAUUGAAUUUGACAAUUCAGAUGACUCCCUCAGUGAGAGCUGGAGACUCUUGCGGAGGCUCUGAGAGCCUUUCUGCAAAAAGGAAAAUAACGGCAAAUGACUGCUUCACAUUGAAGUGGGACCGUCUUGUGAAGGGGCAUAUUAAGUGGACCUCCAUGAGACUCGGUGUAAUGUCGCUCUAUGAAGUGCCAAGCUCUUUGUUUCUCACGACACCUCUCUUUGCCCGUGGAACGAUAAUGCACUUGUGGAUGUAACGAAUGCUCCGCUCCGUUUUGUUGUUUUUUUUUGAGCCUGGGUUCUUCGGAAUCAGGAACUUGAAUCUGUGUCAGUCUUAAGUUAUUAGAGCUUGUUUUCAUUUUUGCCUCUACAUAUGACAUUUGACUGUAAACUGUAAAAACAAAUGAUUCUUUUAAUCUUCUUUUAAUAAAUUGGAUAAAUCAGAA